AUGGAGGGUAUGCACAACCGUAUGAAGAGCACAGGAAGGACCCUCGAAAGCGACCCAACUCUUCGUCUUAAAGCAAGGCCAGGGAAUCGGCAGGACUAUGAAGAUCGCGAACACCUCGAGAAAUCUACGUUCGGGAAGCGUGUCAAAGCCCAAGGCUCAAAAAGUGGAAGUCGUUCGCCAUCUGAAGCUAGAGGAAAUAAAAGCAAGAAGAAGUUAGGGCUGGGAAAAGCUGCUGCUUCCUCUUCUCCGGCGAAAGCGUACAGGAAUGGCACUCAGGAUACACAAUCGAAGCUGGAUAGUAACUCUGAUGACGACGAACUCGACUUUUUGUCUGCAUCCUCACAAGCCGGUGCUGAAUAUGAUCCAUCUAGCUCUCAGAGGCCGGUCCAGGCUUCAAAACCAAGCCUUUUCAGUGGAGCCAAACCUUCCAAGAUUUCUUCCAAACACAACGACAGGCUCCUUACGCAGUCAGAACAUGGGUACACUGACAAGAAAGGGAAUUAUCAUGAAUAUGAUCCCAAAUUCCCUCCCAAGAAAUUGCCUGGAAUUUCUUUCAAAAAGAAUAAAUCCGAAGAGACGGGGCAAGAUUCAAAAUCUAUUCCUUCUACUUCUCAGUCUUCUUCUCUACUGCCCGCGUCGAAGGAAAACAAGGUCCCUUCUAAGAGCAAAUCGGCUCCUUCAAACCGUAACAAUGUUUUGGAUCUGACUUUGUCGUCUCCGCUCAAGGCUGAAAACGACAGUGAUGCAAGAUCUGCGAGCCCGUUAAGUUCGAGGAGUACUAACUCAAACCGUCCUGCCACUCCAUCGACAGCCUCUGGUUCCCGUUUACCUCUUCCAGGAAGGAACCGCUGCGCUGCCGACGACAUUCCGAGGCAAGACCCCGCGAAUCUGCGUCUGAAAAUUCGACCUAGGCCCCGACCAGUCGUUAAAUCGAAAACUACCAUCGAUGUCACAGAUGUUCAGCCAAAGGACAGAAAGAAAGGUUUUCAAUCAACGCCGCCUGCUACAAAGGUUCUCACUCAAUCUCGGUCCGAAUCUGUUCAAGCUAUGUCCCCCAAGCCAAGAAAAAGAGUGCCAGCGCCAUUCCCCCUCACAGCUGAAGAUAUGCUGGUAGACUCGACACCAUUGGAGGAAACACCGAAGGCCCCUCGUUCAUCUCGGCGUAAGCCGCAACAAUUUCCUCUUCAUUCCUUGGCCAGAGACAAAGGCAAAGGUAAGGCAAAUUUGGACGUCAGCGAAGACGGGGGUGAUGAAGAAGAAGUGACAAAAAAGAAACCAACCAAACUUAAACCAAAACCAUUUCCUAUGAGCAAAGAGCUAUUUUCUAGCACCAGUAUGAGCCCAGAAUUUUUUCCUUCUGGGUCUGUAGGAAAGAGGUCGUCCGAAGCUGGUAGUGGAGACGAACGGGCUACCAAAAAAUCUCGGCAGAGCUUGGACAAGUACAUUCACGCUAGCAAAGGCCAACAUAUACCAUCUACGGAAGGAAAUAAAAUCUCUAUCGGACUGUCACCUCGCGUUGACCCCAGGACCUUGUGCCCCUUCUGCGAUACCCCAUUACCGUCAGAACUUACGCCUCUUCUUUCAAACCUUCUGGAAACAACGCGGCAGAUUGCAAGGAAGGAUCCUCGCCCUACCAAUCCACUAGGUCUCAAGGCACCAUUCACGACAUAUAUAACAGUAUGCCAACGACACCGUUUUGAGACCAAGAUUCUCCCUGAAGCAGAGCAAAAGGGCUGGCCAAAGAAAAUCAAAUGGAAAAAAGUCAGCGGCCGCGUAUUGAAGAUGAAGACCUUCCUGCAGGCCCUUAUUGAAGAUCCUGGCAAUGACUCGAGGUCAGAAUCGAGCGAUUCUGAGUGGCAGAUUUUGGCCACGACCAACUCAGGGAAAUCGAAAAAGAGGAGUAUAAAAGGCGCAAAAGCUAGGAGCAUAUUUUGGACGGAGUACAUGAAUGAAGUCAAAACGAAAGGGUUGAGGGCUAUGUCCGGCUUUCAGGGGCAAUAUGCCACUUUCGAUAAAGCUCAACCUGGCUAUUACGGGGAAAUGGGGUAUGCCAUUAUCCAGCAGACACUGUAUAACAUGUUUCCUCCGUCAGAAAUUGAUCCGCAGUCGAUCUUACCUUUAACGCCUACCGAAUUCAUUCAACGCAUUCUUGUCCCUGAGGUAGCUCUUCAUCUAAUCAUGGAAGACAGAAACUUGGAGGGAGAUGAGGGUAUGAAAGAGGCUUUGAAAAUUCUUCGAGAAAGCUCAGCAUAUGGGGUUUCCAUGUUUCCGGAAGAUGCUUGUGAGCCUGGCGCAUCGCAGAAACCCAUCGACGAGACCAAACUGGGAGUUGGCGAUAGGAUUGUGAUGGAAAGAGCGAGAAAGAGGCGUAAAGAACUCGAAGCUGAGGAUGCAAAAGAAGAGGAGGAACAAAGACGUCAGGAAGAAUUAGACAAAAUAGCAAAGGAGAAAGAAGCCGAAGAGAAAUUACGGAAAGACAGGGAAUUGGCUCGUACAGAGAUAGGUUCUAAGAGCAGCCAACCUGAAGUGCGUCCUCGACCAAGGCCGAGACCUCUUCCAGCAGACAGGUCUAAGAAGAACGUUGCGCAUUCUGACGGGAUGGCAAGCGAGAGCACAGACGACACCGACGCUUCCACACGAAGUGGUCGUCCAGUGGUCAGGCGGCACGUCGCUUCUGGCAGUGGUCUAGGAGGCAUUCUACGUGGGUCUUCCGACUGGGAUAUGGAAAGAGACCACGGCAAUCGCAGCAGUAGCCAAAGCAGGAGUUCUGCUAGUAGCGGAAGUGAAAUUGAAAUCGAAGAACACACCACUCGUCGGCCUAGCUCCGAAGAAAGGAGGCGUUCACCAUCCGCUAGUGAACCGCGAAUUACGAGAUCAAGGGCAGCAAGUGCUUCGGAUUGGGACAGCGAGUCGAGUCGUAAUGCAGUGAUUGGAACUGGAGGAAGGCCUCCCAAUAAAGGCCUCAAAGGACGUUCAAAUAGCAGGAGCAAGAACACCGCACGAAGGGAAUCUCUUAGUUGCGAUAGUGAUUCAGAGUCCGUGGACCUGGGGAAGACACCUAUACCCCAAAAGAUGAAACCAUAUCGUGACGAAGAAGAAACGCCGAGGCCCUCCAAUAAGCAAAACCUUGGUCCCCUUGCAAGGGCUCGAGCAAGAAAUCCGGAAAGAAAUACUUUAAAUACUGGGGCCAAUUCGAAGACCAAAGAGAAAUCAGCAGCCCCACCUCCACCUGCUGAGAAUUUCAGUUUCAUGUUUUCGAGCGAUGAAUGA